AUGGCCGGGCCGCCUCCCCUCUGCCCCGCACUGCCUACGGACCGCCAGCGGGGCUGUUGCCUGUCCGGCUGCUGCCUGCAGGGCUGUUAUUACCUGUCCGGCUGUUGUCUGCACGGCUGCUACCUGUUACCCGCCCGACUGGUGUUACCUGCCAACCGCACUCGUUGCCCCCCCACACCCCGUGCCCCCCCACAGCAGCCGCCGGUACCUGCGCGGCCGCGCCGCCUCCCCCGCGCCUAUGCACCGGGCUGCUCAAUGGCAACCGAACAAAACACCGCCGGCCACGCCCCCUACACCGCCCGCCCGCGCCCAUUGGCCGCGCCGCCCGCCCGCCGAACCUUGACCCGCUCUACCAUUGGCCGGCGCUGCGGCCCGGCCCCGCCCACAAAGGGGCGGGGGGCGGGCUCUGCCCCGGUCGCGGCGGGGACGCGCAGCUGUGGUGCCGGGUGCGGUGGGGAGCGCACGCCGGACUACAGCCCCCAGGAGGCCUUGCGGCGGCACGCCUCUCUCAUUGGCUGGGCAGCGCGCGUCCGCAGGGGCGCGGGGUCGCCCGUGGAGCCGAGGUGCGGCGGGACCAGGGCUGACACCCGCGGCCGCCGCCGGAGCCCCCCGGCCCAAGCCACUCCCGCUGCUCCCGUUGCCUUCCUUGGAGCCGGCGCUUCCCGGCGCCGUGUCCGUGUGCUUACACUGCCCUCUGCUUGCCCGCUCUCUGCUUCCCGUCACACCCGCCGAGAAUUCCUCAUCGCCCCCAAAAAAUGGAGGGCAGAAAGCCGCCCAGCAUCUGCUGCUCGCUCCACAAGAAACGUUCCUAUGGGAGCUUCUCAGAGGCGGCCGUGAGUCAGCCGGAGUGAGGAAGUGGGAUGUGUUUGGACAACAAUUACACCGUGCACUUGUCAGGGCAGAGGCUGCUUUAUGUGGGUGCAUAAUCCUUAACGUCAUGAGAAACCAAACCCUGAUUUACUGCUGCCCACAGGCCUAACAUUAGUGCGGUGCAGGUAUUUCUUAUUCACGGUAACUGUUAGCAAGCUCUUCGUGUCCCUGUGACAACCAUCUGUUGUUUCAGCCUUCUGCAACCUGUUCUUCUGUGUUUGCACAUGGAGUUGUAUUUCACUCACCUUUCCUUCGACGCACGAGUUUUUCAGCUGAAUUUACCUUAUUGCCCUGUGAGAUUUUGCUGAAUUACAGGACAACGCUGCGAUAGGUAUCCGAGUUAACGUCGCAAUGCAGAGUCCAAACCAAAAUUGUAUUCCUGGGAAAUGCUUACUUUGGCUAGCUUACUUUCAAUUUUUAACCUUAAGAGACCAAUAAAUUAAACCCAAUUUUAUUUUAAACAACAUUACCAGGUUUUGCUGCUGGUCUUCAUCACUGUCCUCCCAUCUUUUGCACUCUGUACAACCCCACAGUACUUUUUUCACAUAGUUUUCCAAGAUUCCUCUCCCUGAUUAUACAAUGAAUAUUUAAAUCAGUGUUCCAGUUCUCUGUAAGAUCAACACAUACCUCUCUUCAGAAAGAUCUUGCAGGCGAUUACAGGUACACAGAAGAAAGUACACAGGCUUCUCCCAUAACUCAGCCCUGGCUCUUGAAAUGCUUUGUGAUUGUGCUCAUUUUGCUCCUGGCCUUGUUGUGGA